GCGGCGUGGGCGCCUCAGCAGCAGCAGCAGCAGCAGCAGCAGCAGCAGCAGCAGCAGCAGCAGCAGCAGCAGCAGCAGCAGCAGCAGCAGCAGCAGGGACCUGGCGUAUUGAAUGGGCUUGCCGACGUUGAUGCAUUCGAUUUCCGCAAUUUCUUCUUUUUGCUGCUGCAGCAAAUCCGCAAGCCGCAGCAUGAGGUCUCCGCGCCUGCGGGCGCCGACGCCCAGGGCCCAGGAGGGGAAGGCCUCGUGGGCGCAGCGCACAGCCUCGUCGACGUCUUCUUCGCUGAAAAGCACUUCAAAAGGACCAAACAAAUGCAAUUAGUUGAACAACUGGCAGCAGUUGAGCGUCGGGAGGCAGCGGCGCGGGACUCGCGGCCUCCGGAGACCCCAAAAUCGAAAAAAACGAAAAAAAUGGACCACUGGUCACCGCCGCCGCCCGGGUGUGACUUCUUCUGUCGCCGGAUUUAUCAAAGUCCAGGUCUUGCUGCCUCGGGGUUCCCGAAACUCGCCGCCGAUGAACAGCCGGGUCUCGAACUCACGCGCCACUGA